ACACCUUGCAACAUUAAGCAAAUCGAAAGAGAACCACCCCAAGAGAGCAACGACAACAGCAACACACAAGACAACCAAAAAAAAAGAGAAAAUUGAAGCCGACGAGAAAGAGACGCAGACGCAAGACAAUCGAGAAAGCGGAAAAAAGUGGCGGAGCAAGCACCGAAAGAAGGAUGAGCGGGACGACCCAACAAGGCAAUCCGCUCCCGGAGAACGGGCUAGUGGGGAAACUGACGGCGAGUCAAUACGGGGCCCUGAAGUCAUUCUGGCGGGAGUUUUUCCGCUUAGUGGACAGUGCGCCUGAGAAAGGGAGCGCCGAAGAGACCCUCAACGACGACUCUCAAGAACCUCUACCUUCGUCAUCUUCGGGAUUGGUCGAUCAACAGGAGCCCGAACUCGACCUUAAAGACGACCCCCAACUCUCAAACAAUAGGUCUGCUGGACCUUCCUCUAAUCCCGGUAGUAGUGGCAAUACUAAGGACGAACAUCUUAAGGAAAAGUUGCGCGCUGAACAGGAACUUAGGGAUGCUAAGGCUGCCUUGGAACGAUACGGAAAGACCCGGUUUCUGGAUACGUUUUGGAACAUGAUCAUGAUGGAUGAUCCGGAUGUCAUAGUGCUGAAGUUCCUACGAGCGCGCAAAUGGAAUGUAGCGGCGGGAGUGGCGAUGAUGGCGGCAUGUAUGAAGUGGCGGAUCGAGUAUGGGGUGGACUCGAUCAUUGCCAAGGGCGAAGAGGGAUUCCAAAACCAGGACGGGUUCUUGCACCAGCUCAAGAUCGGCAAGACGUUUGUCCAGGGCACCGAUCGGCAGGGCCGGCCGGUCGUCUACAUUAACGUUCGCUUUCAUAAGGCGUCUGAUCAGUCUCCGAAGACCCUCGAAGAGUUCAUCGUCUUUUCCAUGGAAUCCGUCAGAUUAAUGUUAACUCCACCAUUAAUUGAGAAAGUCACCAUCAUCAUCGACAUGUCAGGAUUUGGACUGGCGAACAUGGACUGGAAGUCGCUUGCGUUCAUUGUGAAAUGUCUGGAGUCUUACUAUCCAGAGUCGUUAAAUGUCCUCGUCGUUCAUAACCCUCCUUGGGUGUUCCAAGGGCUUUGGAAAAUCAUUGCGCCGAUGUUAGAUCCGGUUGUGCGAGCGAAGAUCCAAAUCACCAAGUCGACAGAAGAGCUAAAAGAGCACAUUGAAGAGGGCCAUUUACUGAGCAGUUUAGGAGGCACGAAUGGAUGGCGAUGGGAAUACGAAGGGGUGUCUCCGGACGAGAACGUGUUGAUGGCGGACACGGUGGUGCGGAACCACGAGCUGCAGAACCGCAAGAAGCUGAUCAAGGCCCAUCUGGACAUCACCCGCAAAUGGGCCGACGAGGCCGGCCCGGCGGAGGUCCUGAGAGACGACCUCCUCGUCCCCGACGAUUCUUCUCCCUCCGCUCUCAUUCGUAAAUUCAUCACUUAUCAUCUGCGCGUUCAUUACUUCGUCUUGGAUCCUUAUAUCCGAGGAAGAUCGGUCUACCAUCGCAAAGGAAGAGUGAUAGGAAACGGAUUGAUCACGUUCGAAUACCCGCAGCUACGUCUGUCCAAACAGACCGACCACCCCAUCGAUCCCACCCCACUCAGCAACAACAACAGUCAUAAAGAAGGAGACGAUACGGUGCUCGUGGAUUCUUGGGAAGUCCUCGGAUAUCCUAUGUCCCGCGAAAACUUACUCAUUCAGAUCGAGAAGAUGAAGCGCUCAUUCGCUCUCAACAACAUCGACUUCCCCGUCUUUUGAGACCUUCUCCUCCCCCAUUUUUUUUUCUUCACUUCCUCCAAUAGAUAAACAUCCUUAUUCUGUCGCAAGAAAAAACUCUUUCGUGAUCAGCACUUGUAUUUCUUAUGUAUGAUCCUUCCUGAUCCUUUCUUAUAACUUUCAGUCUCCCUUCCUACCCCUCUCUCUCCUACUUCAAGACCAUCCAUCCAUCCUCUCUUUCUUUCUCUUUCACCUACACAGAUGCACUCUACUUCCCCCCCUUAUCUUUACCUCUCUGUCUUUCUCAAAUCCCAACACAGCAUUCUUUCUCUUUCUUUCUUUCUCUCUCUCUCUCUCUCUCUCUCUCUUAUUACACAAUUAUCUAUUUUUUUUUGGUGGGGGGUCAACCUGAUGAAUUAGGUCAAAGAGAAUAAAUGAACUUUAAGACGGCAAUUAUAAACAGCCUUUUUUUCUUUUUGAGAAUUUUUUGAAUUUUGUUUGAAUUACUUUCAUAAUGUUUUUAUUAUUAUUUUG